UGCCCCAAUCCCCAGCCCGCUAUUGCAUUGUGGAAAAGUGAGCGGUGUGUGUGUGUGAGAGAGACAGAGCAGCUAGCUUCCAGUGUGUACCUCCAGCAUUUAACAGCGAAGGAGUGAGUGCUCCCAAACUCGGAGAGAACAGCCUGCUACAGCAUCAGCGAACUGCAAACUGACGGCCAGGGAAAUAUGUGUUGCUCUUGAGCCUCUUCCUUGGAUUCCUGAGGGUCCAUGGCUACAAUCCAAACCUUAUCCACAUCCAGUGAUCUCAGCAACCAUUGCAACGACCUGUCUCCUUGUUCCCCAGGCAACAGCAAGUGCAUCAUGGGAAGUGUCAGUAGUCUAAUGGCUGACAAACGGGAGCUCCUCAGUGAUGGCCUGAAGAGCAGCAGAAAUGGGAAUGCUUACAACAUCAGGCAGCCAGAUGGGCUGCUUAAAAAAGGGUUAAGCCAGAGAGAGUUACUGAACUACCUGAACAGCACGAAAAAGGGAGCAAAGGCUGAGAAAAGGAUCGCAUCUGGGAGUUCUUCCAUGGAACGCUGUCGAAAAGAUGGCCAACAUGAGGUUUAUGGCAAAACAUCUUAUAAGGAUGGGAAGGAGAUUGAUUUGUCAAAGAAUUCACUUCCAGUUGGAGGGAAAUUUGAAAAGUCUCGGUUCCGAUCCUCUGCCUUCAGGCCUGUGGUGCCAAAGAACUUCAGCUCGAUGCAGAAUCUGUAUCCGCAGCAGAGCAGGGAGCUAUCUGACAGCACUGCCAGCCUCAAUAUCAGCCUCAGCAAGGCCGGCCACUCAUCCCGGAGGAACGGAGAGGAAAAGCAGGAAUAUUUCAGGAGUUCCAGCCAAGAGGAAGACAUGUCCGACUCCGGACGGAACUCCAUGACGAGUCUCCCUCCAUGUGGAAUGGGUCUGAAGCAUCAUUUUGGGCAGAUCAGUGCUUCCAUGGGUCAGAUCAACCACAUUGGGUCAAGCUACACUGAUGGAGCUCCCAAGGAGGGGGUGAGCUCAGACAGUGGCCGCUUCUCCUGUAAAAGCAUGGCCGUGCUGAGCCGGCUGAACCCCCAGGGCCACAUGUCACCAUCCUGUGAGCUUUCCAGGUCGGUGGAGGAUGUGGUCCGAGAGCUGGAGGAACGGCUCCACGAGAAGGAGGUGGAGCUGAAACACGUGAGGAGGAAUCUGGAUGAGAGUGAGGACGCCAUUGCCCAGGUAUUUGAGGAUAAGCAGAGGCUGUGGGAGAGGGAGAUGGAUGAGCUGAAACGUGUCUAUAGCAGCAAGCUGCGCCAGGUCAGUCAGCAGGCCCAGUGUACCCAGCGGAGCCUGCAGCUCCAGCUCUUUAAGGUCCAGCAGGAGAAGAGGAAGCUGCAGGAGGACUUUGACAAGUUACUGCAGGAAUGUGAGCAGCUCAAAGGCCGGUGUCCAUCCUACAGACAGGAGCAGGAUGACCUAACCCCAAAACUUGAGGAGAGCAAAUGGGAGGUUUGUCAAAAGGCUGGCGAGAUUGCCCUGUUGAAACAGCAACUCCGAGACUCUCAAGCGGAGGUGGCGGAGAAAUUGAGUGAAUUAUUCAGCCUCAAGACGCUGCUGCGUGAGGUCCGGCUGGAGCUUUGUACCAAAGAUGAGCAGUUGUUACUGUUAAAGGACUCUCUGCAAGCACAGUCCGCCCAGUUGACUGAGAACACUAAUGGCCUACAGCAACAGGAGGAAGCCAUGCUGCUCCAGAAAGCCUCCCUGAGGAGGAACGGAACAUCUGAAGAGAUGAAGGCCUUCCUGAGCGGGCAGACGGACGACCUGAAGGCCAGAGGCCUUCAGGAGGACAGUGCUCAAGCCCUGGCCCUCCAGGUUGAGAGGCUGAAGGCGGAGCUGGUGUUGGAGCACAGGCAGUGUGAGGCCCAGGCUGCCAACUUUGAACUGGAGCGGAGGACCUGGCAGGAUGAGAAGGAGAAGGUCAUACAGUAUCAGAAACGCCUGCAGUCCAGCUACUUAGAGAUGUACCAAAGAAACCAAGUCCUGGAGCAGGAGGUUCAGGAGAUUGCCGCCAAAAUGGAACUAACAGACACUGAGGGCAGACACAACCUUCCAUGGAUCGAGAGAAUCGAAUCCUCUGAAAUCUGACAGCCUCUGUUAUCAGUCAGCAUCCAUAUAUCUGAAAGUUCAUUUAAGAAAAAUAUCUGACUCGUGUGGGAUUCCUCAACCAGGGGAUGGUUGUAGCUUUUGGUGCAAUUGUGCUAACGUGGUGCAUGCAUAAAGAGGGGAUUGUAUUCUUGGGAAGUGUCUGUUUUUGGAAAUGGGAGGGGUAGGGGAGUAGAGCUGUGGAACAAGAGCAGAAGAAAUUGGAACUCUUGGUUCCAUCCGUUUUUUGAAAAGUUACCUAUUCGGCCAGGUGACUGGAUAUUUCUCAGCUACAGAGAACGCUGCAGACACCUCUUCAUUCGUUACAAACAUGGCUCACAAAAGCCAAUUUUGUGUUCAAACCCAGAAUGCUUCAGGAUGUGAAAUGAUCAAAGGCCAUUAUUUUUAUACAUUCAAAAAAAUUGUAUGUUACCAUCAUGGCAAAGUGAUAAGUUAGUGCAAUUUCUUAAACCAGUCAUUUGAGUCAGAAAUUAGUUUAAAUUCCCUUCUCUGCAGAUUAAAAGCUGCAGUGAAAUUAACCUAGUUGUUAUGUACUGACACUGAUUUUAGUUUUUUCAAAAAAUUAUAAUUGUUUAAAUACUUCUGUAGGCCAAUGAAAAAUUUUCAAAAACUUGUGUUAUGAGUCCAGCUGAUGAUGUUAUUGGGCAGUUCAGAUCCCAGAUUGAAAUCUGGCUUGAUGGGUUGUAUUUUGUGUAGUUUUUAUUAAACUGAGGUGGUCUUUCACUGAAACACAAGUAGGCAAUGCUGUAUGGUUCACUUCAAAAGUACAGCAAGGGUUUUAUGCAAAUGAGGGAUGAAGGAAACUAUAGAAUAAACCAAACUAUUUCCAUAUAACACAAAUUUAAACAUUUCAAGACACAAUAAGUUGUAAUCGCGUUAGUUGUAAUAGCAUUCCUUCACCAGAGAGAAGCCCUUGUCUACCUCCUCCAAAGGACUUGGAUUUACCUAGCCUUCAGUUCCCAGUCUCCAGAAUCUAAUAACCUUCUCCUUCAGUCCCACUGAUAUUAAGAGUUUCUCAGCUUUAAGGUUUUAACCAAACACUUCUGGUCUGGACUUUCCAAACUAACUUCUUACACUGAGGUAAUUUAUUUCUUAACAGCUCUGAAACACCUCCACCCCCCCCCCCCACCCCCACCCCCACCUUGUUCAUGAACAGGUUGUGCCUUCAUACUGCUAGAGUGCAAGUGCUUGGGUCAUUUCAGGCCAUUUGCAUUCUGUUUUUGAUGCUGGGAUCAGGGUUCCAAGAUUAUCGUUUAGGAUCGACUCCCUUUAGGUCUGCUGGCCUUAAUUGCAAUGAGUCUCAAUACUCUGCUCAGAUCCAUAGCAGCAAAUCGAACUGUCCAAAAUGUGAUGUUCGGUGCUGUGUUUGUCACUCAGAAUACAGCGAUUCAUUCUGGUAUUGUUAAAGGGACCCCUCGGUGGUUUAGGCUAAAAUCAAAUGUUCGUCUGAAUUAGGGGAAGCAUUAUUUUGCAUCCCAUUUGUGCUUAUUUUCAUUAGAACCAUAGAGCACAGAGGCGGUCCAACCAGUCCAUGCUGACCAUUUUCCCAAACUAAACUGCUCCUGGCCCAUAUCCCUCCAAACCUUUCCUGUUCAUGUACCUAUGCAAAUGUAUUUUAAACAUUGUAACUGUACCUUUAUCUGCACUUCCACUGGAAAGUAAUUCCACAACGGGGUGGCUCAGUGGUUAGCAUCGCUGCCUCACUGCACCAGGGGCCUGGGUUCGAUUUCAGCCUUGGGUGAUUGUCUGUGUGGAGUUUUCACAUUCUCCCUGUGUCUGCGUGGGUUUCCUCUGGGUGCUUCAGUUUCCUCCCACAGUCCAAAGAUGUGCAGGUCAGGUGAAUUGGCCAUGCUAAAUUGCCCAUAGUGUUCAGGGAUGUGUAAGCUAGGUGUAAUAGAGUGGGGGAUUGGAUCUGGGUGAGUUACUCUGUGGUGGGUUGAUGUGGAGCUGUUGGUCCAAAUGGCCUAUUUCCAUACUAUAGAAUUCUAUGGUUCACACAUAAACCAUUCUGUGUAAAAAAAAGCCUCAUUUUGUUUUAAUUUUUUCUCCCUCACCUUGAUGUGCUCCUAAUCCUGAAAUGCCCAAACCUAGGGGAAAAACACAUGCCUCUCACCUUAUCCAUGACCCUCAUGAUUUUAUAAACCUCUAUAAGGUUACCUCUCAACCCCCUAUACUCCAGGGAAAAACUUCCCAGCAUAUCCAGCCUCUCCUUAUAGCUCAAACUCUCCAGCAACAUCCUGAUAAAUCUCUUAUGAACCCUCUCCAGCUUAAUCAUAUUCUUCCUAUAACUGGGCGACCAGAACUGGACACAGUGCUCCAGAUGAAGCCUCAUCAAUGUCCUGUACAACCUCAACAUCAAGCCCCAACUCCUGUACUCAAAAGGUCUCGGCAAUGAAGGCAAACGUGCUCGAUGCCUUCAUAACCACACUGUCUGUUUGUGAUGCAAACUUCAAAGAAUUAUAUACCUGUGCUCUAAGGCCUCUGUUCUACAACACUACCCAAACCCCUCCUUAUAAUUGCAUAAAUCUUCUAUGUUUUUCCAAAUUGUAAUACCUCGCAUUUAUCAAAAUUAAACUCCAUCUGCCACUCUUCAGCCCACUGACCCAUUAGCACUAAUACAAACACUGGACUUGCUUUGGGUGCAAGUUUCAUUCGGAAAAUUGUAAAUUUAUUGUCAGAGCUUGGGUGUUCCUUUGUCAGUUUCAUUCUUGGUUUGUAUUCCUGGUUCUGUUCCAACCCCAGGAAUACCUCCUGAUGGUCCCCUUUCCUCUCCAGGUUCCAUUUGGAAAAGCUGCAUCAGUUGUUUGAUGGAAUUCUAUAGAAUCACAGCAAGAAGUAGGCUGAUCUGGUUACGUUCACUCACGCCUCCUGCCACCUUGCAUCUAUCCUGUUGCUUUCAUUAAAGUCACCUCAAAAUAUGGUCAUUUUCUAACGUGGAGCACCAUAUGUGGUCUGGUCUGGGUGGCACGGUGGUACAGUGGUUAGCACUACUGCCUCACAACGCCAGAGACCCGGGUUCAAUUCCCGUCUCAGGUGACUGACUGUGUGGAGUUUGCACGUUCUCCCUGCGUCUGCGUGGGUUUCCUCCCACAGUCCAAAGAUGUGUGGGUCAGGUGAAUUGGCCAUGCUAAAUUGCCUGUAAUGUUAGGUGAAGGGGUAAAUGUAGGGGUAUGGGUUUGGGUGGGUUGCUCUUCGGUGGGUUGGUGUGGACUUGUUGGGCUGAAGGGCCUGUUUCCGCACUGUAAGUAAUCUAAAAAAUUCACAAUGAUGCCAACCCAACCCUGUUUAGUAGUUAGACCGGGGAGGGAGAGGGGAGAUGGUGUUUCUUUCAUCUCGCAGUGCCUCUGGCAGGUCUUGGACAUGAAUUUACUCAUAAAAUGUAACAAUUAAAAAAGGUUUAAAACAA